AUGCAACAGCAAGACUCCGAAUCCGCAUCUCAAAAUGUGCUUGACCCUGUUAUGAACAGACACCGUCCAGCUUCGGAGAAAACACAGGAUAUUUCACAUGUGCUGGCCGAUAUCUUCAAAGACCUGUACACAGCAGAAGUUAUUGGAAAAGACACAGUGGCUAAUCUCACAAAGUCACGAAGGGGAGGCAACAGUUACCAUGACACAUAUGUGGAGCAGCUUCAGCAGGUCCGUUCAGAGUAUAAUCGGCGAAUAAGUGAAGCCGAUAUGCUAGAAAAACACAUCCUAGAGGCCAAGCUCCAAGCCACAGCCAAGGAGGAGCUGGCCCACAACAAUUUAGUGCAGGAGGUGGGAGAGGUCUACCAUCAACUGGGUCUACCUCCAGUAAAAUCAACCUUCAAAUGGUGUGUGGACAACACUCUACUCAGAAGCAACAAUUUGAUUUGUCCAGAAGAUUACAUCACAGAGCAGGCUCCAACCAUAAAAGUAACCAGAGGAAAAUCUCCACCUGGCUUUGCUAACGCAACAAUUAGCUUCAGCCAGCAUAUUAAAAAUCUGCCUCAGGAUGAUGGGUACACUGUGAUUCCGUCUCCGGAUAGGAUGGUACAGGAUAUGCUGGAACAAUCAGAGGGGACACUGACACUCCCCUCAACCCCAGAGUGCGCCACGUCAUCCAGGAGCAAUCUCAGUGAGACGGGUGGGCAGAAGGGCAGGCCGGUAUGGGCAGGAGAACCCAGCAAGAGCGUCCAAGAUGAGGAGAGCGCUGGCCUCCAGAGGCUGAAGCAACGGAACAACUUCCUGCGCAACCCCCGCUUCCUGCCCCCACAAGCCCAGCGUGGUGGAAAGUCCCUCAUCCUGCCCACGAAGAAGGUGGAGAGGGUGGUGAAUGGGAGAAGAGUGGUGGUGGAAGAGAGGGGCCCAGAGGAGCCUGUCCCGGUGUUUCUGGCCAACCCCCCCAUCGUGGUCUUUACAGAUUACAGACUGGGACACGUGUAUGAGACCAAGCUAGAGCUGAGGAAUUUGACUGCCACCAGCCGCCAUGUUCGCGUCAUCCCUCCCAACACCCCCCACUUCUCCAUUGGUCUGGGUAAGUUCCCAGGUGAGGGCGGCACUGUUGCCCCUGGGAUGAGCUGCCAGUACACCGUACGCUUUGUCCCGGACUCAAUGGCUGACUUUGCGGACUUCAUCCUGGUGGAGACCCAAGCCCCUUAUCCCCUCAUUGUGCCUAUUGAGGCCCAGCGACCCCCUCCAAUUCUGAGCUUGCCUCGCGUGCUGGACUGUGGAUACUGUCUGGUGGGAGGGGUGAAGAUAGUGGAGUUCCUCUGCAAAAAUGAGGGGCUCAGCGAUGGGACGUUCUGCAUCAUGCCCAAGAAAAUGUGGCCUGCCUCCAACCUGCGAUCAGUGGUGACUGGCUCUUUUGCAGAGGAGCCUCCAUUCGGGAUCAGUCCAUCGCUGUUUGACCUUCUCCCUGGUCAGGCCACAAUGGUAGAGGUGGCCUUCUUUCCCAGAAUUCCUGAAAGCUGCUCUCAAGCUUUCACCAUAGUGUGUGACAACUGCCAAGUCAAGGACAUCGUCAUUCAAGGAACAGGACAGUUGAUCACCCUUGAGCUAGUGUCGGUGACUGAUGGGGAGGACCGUCCAGCCCUUGGGGAAAUUUGUGACCUGACAGCUGAGCACUUCAUCCGUUUUGGGCCAGCCAACCCCCUCUGUCACCAAAAGAAGAAAUUGGUCAUUAGGAAUAAUGCUCAUCUGGAGCUGCCAUUUCACUGGCAGAUCAUGCAGCCCAACCUGCGGCCCCUCCUGGCUGGAGAGCCCCUGGAACCCACUCAAAUCGAGUACCGCCUGGACAUUGACAAAGCCUUUGACAUCAGUCCCCAAAUCGGAUCCCUCAGCCCCCACCAAGAUCACGAGUUCCUGCUCAGCUACUGCCCCCAGGAGAUGAAGGAGUACCAUAGUGUAUGCCACCUUGUGCUGAGGGAUAUCCCGCAUCCUCCUAAAGAACCAACCGAAAAAGGUGAAUCAAAACACAUUGAGGCCACCAAAGUGAACGAUGUGAUCGUCAUGGAGAUUGAGGUCAAGGGGUCAACGGAGCUCCACAGGGUCCUACUUGAACCCUAUGCCAUUCACUUCCCUGGAGAAACUUUCAUUGGGACGGCCAUUAGGAAGAGGUUCAAGAUGUGGAACAACAGCAAGUCUCAAAUUCACUUCCAAUGGGACAGGCUCAGUGACUGUCACAUCUUGGAAGUGGAGCCCCCUAUAGGUGAAAUAGAGAUGAAUGAAUGCUGUGAUAUGGAACUGGUUCUGACUGGAGGACAACCUGGGCCAUUUUUGACGAUCCUACAGUGCCACGUUCAGAACCACUGCCAACCCGUAGGCCUGUCUGUGGAGGCCUCGUUCAAGGGCCCCGUGUUGAGUAUCGAUGUUCCCAGGCUGGAUUUUGGCCUGAUGAAGCUGGGAGACCAGGCUCGCUCCACGCUCAGCAUUAGCAACAACAGCCAGCUGGAGGCCUCUUGGGUCAUUGAGGAACGACCGGACUGUCACGAGAUCAGCAAAACACAGAUUAUAAUUGAGCCACACAGUGGAGUGCUGCCCCCUCUGGCCUCUUGCUGCAUUGCCGUGCUCUUCAGACCCGUGGCCUGCCAGCACUUUCAGACCAUCCUAGAGCUGGCUGUGGAGAAUGGGACAGGAUGUCACCUGGCGGUGGAGGCCACUGUGCAGUCUCCAUCAGUGUGUCUUCUGAGCUGUGAGCUGGUCUUCUCCGAACUCUACAUAGGGGUCCCAGUGAAAGGAACUGUGACCCUAUUUAACCAGACCCUCCUCCCAGCUCACUUCUCUUGGGGAAAGCUUCAAGGCAAGCAGUCCUCCUUCUGUUCUGCAUGCUUCUCCCCAUCCAAUGGUAUUCUCGGGCCCAACACCAAAAUGGAAGUUGAAGUGGAGUUCACAGCUGAUACUGAUAUGGAGCUGACAGAGGUAGCAGGUAUCUGUGAGGUGAAGGAGAUGCAGGACCCUCUUGUUCUGGGUUUCUUCUCCAAGGCCAAGGGGCUCCAUGUUUCCUACUCUCUCCCUGCGACUGACUGCCCUGCAACAGGCAGUCAAGACCCCUCAGACCUCGUGCUGGAUUUUGGAAGCAAUGUCCUUUUGAUGAGAGCAGCUACCAAGCAGCUGACGAUAACCAAUCACACGGCCAUCCCAGCGCCCUUCCACUUGCAGGCAGAAUACUUCACGGGCCGCCCCCCUUCACCUCCCGAAGAAAGGGGUGCUGCUGACCCUCGACCCCGGACCUCAUAUUCGAGAAGACAGAUACACCUUGUGUCAGCAAAGAAAACGGAGGGAAAAACCCAGCAAGACUUUGCAAACAGCCUGCUAGCCCACGGGAAGGGGGCAGCGUUCUUCAUCCAGCCCGCCUCUGGAACUCUGGGAGCUUUCGAGACACACACGGUGGACAUCACCGCUUUUACCAACAUGUGGGGAGACUACACAGAUCAUCUAAUUUGCAAAGUGGGGAAUCUGGAACCAGUAGCUAUUCUCAUAAAGAUGUCUGUGAGAGGCUGUCCUGUCUACUUCCAAAUGAUGGGACCACAGCUUGAGACACAGACCCGGGGACCAAUCAUACGAUUUGGUAUGCACGUUUCUGGUGGAGACACAGUCUCAAGAUCACUUCGAUUGAACAACUGCAGCCCGUACAAUAUCCGGAUGGACUGGGAGACCUACAACCAGGAAAUGGGAGACAAGAAGCUGGUGGACUUUGUGGUGUGCUACGGAGAUGCCUUUCCCCUGAAAGACGUAGAUGGGAACGAGGUCCUGGGAGGGAGGCGGGGCUCCAGUGAGAGUAUCACGCCCACCUGGGGCUGGAGACACAGCCCCUACUUCUCUGAAAUGAGCUCCUCCCUCAGUAGCGAUAAUUGCCCAGGGGAGGAAGAGGAGCAGGAGUAUGAAGAAGAGGAGGUGGAGCCAACCCCUGAAAUUAAGAAGCUUAUUUCUGUACACCUCCGAGCUCAUGAUGGAAAUGCCUCUGACUACCCCUACUGCAUCACCCCUCAACAGAUAUUGGUUCCAGCAGGGGGAAGCGCUACCGUACACGUGUCCUUUACUCCCCUGACACUGUCGGAUCCCGUGAAUGAUCCGGUGUGUGCUGGCUUCGCCCUGGGCUUCAUGAGUCUGGACAAGGUGGUCUCCAGUGUCCCUGGGAAGGUAGAGAGAGUGCAGGGCUUUGAGCUGGAGCCCUUGAGACUGGACCUCCAGGCCUCUGUGAAGCAAGCUCUGUUAUCAGUACAAAUGGAAGAGGAGGAGGAAGCACUUGAGUUCCAUGCCAUUGCUAGUGAUUUAAUACAGCACAAGUGGAGGGAGCCAAGCAAAGAGGUGGUGAGAGAGUCCAUACUGACGCGGAGCUUGCAGCUGAAGAACACUACUGAGAUGCGGCUCAGCUUCAGGCUCCACACACAGCCCCCUUUCUCCGUCCUCCUGCCCCAGUACAGGGCCGACACGGGGAGCACCGACCGGCACGCCGAGGAGUGCCAGUCCCUCAUCCUCCGGCCCCAGCACAACCUGCAGGUGAAGGUGGGCUUCCACAACUCUCUGUCCCUGCUGACCUAUCAGAGCCUGCCAGAGGAGCAGCUCCCGCCCAACGUUCAGCUCGUCCGCAGCGACAGUGGGGAGAGGAGACUCCAAUUCAAGGAAAGCCUGGUCAUAGAGUACAACAACAACAGCGUGCAGAUGGUACCCCUCUGUGCCCACCUCUCCAUGCCCACCCUGUACCUGUCCGAGACCAACCUGGACUUUGGCACCUGCUAUGUGGGACAGACUCGCGUAAAAGAGGUUUUCCUCUGCAACCAAGGAGGUUCCUGCAGCUACUGGACUGCAACUCUAGAAGCGCAUGAGCAGUCUGGUCAGUUCACAGUGACCCCGGUCUCGGGUAUUCUGGAGCAUUCCGUCGCCCCCUACAGGCAGCCCGUAGAGAUCAGCUUCACAGCCAGUGAACAAGGCGAGGCCAAAGCCACUGUCACAGUGCAAGGGAUUCUGGGAGAAUCACCAGUCUCACUGCAGAUCCAGGGGAAGGGCUCCUUCGAUGAGCGAUUUACGUCACUGCUGGACGACGCCUAGACCUACUGCACCGUCCAUAGCUAGCUACAGUAUGUACCUGCAUCAUGAAGGUAGCCAAAGAGAUUUGCUUAAGAACACUGAGAAACAAAGGAUAUUCCAAGGGCAGAUUUACAGUAAUAUACUGUGUUGAAAACCAUUAUGUAACCUUUAUUUACCUGUUGGGAACCAUGUACUUAAUUUAUUUAGGCUCCUAAUUGCCAAUGAACAACUGUACAAAAAUGUUUAGAAAAUGUUUAUUAAAAGAAAAAAUACACAAUUGCUUGGA